CCACCAACUAUUUUAGAAAAAGAAUCAAAAUUCUUUUUGCCCCUUCAAGAGUUGAAAAAAACACAAUCAUAAUUCAGAGUCAGUGUGUGUGUGUGUGGACGAUCGAUGGCUCUCUCACGACUUAGAAAUCAUCCGUUAAUAUCGCGUACACCUUCACUUCUUCUUCUUAGAGCUCGUUUCCUUUCUUCUUCCUCCAGAUCCCUUUCCCGAAACCCAAGAUUGCAGAAUUUUAUUGUUGACGAUGGUGGCACUUCGCUAAGGCCCAGACCUUUUUCUCCAUUCAGUGGUGUCCACUACCAAUCUAAACUAAAGUUGCUGACUGGUAUCAGAUGUUACUCAUCCGCAGAACUUCCUGCACAUGAAGUUAUUGGGAUGCCAGCUUUGUCACCCACGAUGACUCAAGGUAACAUUGCAAAGUGGAGGAAGAAAGAAGGAGACAAGAUAGAAGUAGGUGAUAUCAUCUGUGAAAUCGAGACGGAUAAAGCUACUCUUGAAUUUGAAAGUCUUGAAGAAGGGUUUUUGGCAAAGAUAUUGAUGCCAGACGGUGCAAAGGAUGUACCAGUUGGACAGCCUAUUGCAAUUACGGUUGAGGACUCAAACGAUAUACAAAAUAUCCCUGAUAGUGUUCUUGGUGGGUCAGAGGUUAAAGAGACACAGUCAACCCAAGCUGACGUGAAGACUGAAGACACUGCACACGGGUCAAGUUCAACCAAAAUUGAUGCAUCUAAGCUUCCUCCACAUGUUUUUGUUGAAAUGCCAGCGUUAUCGCCGACUAUGGACCAAGGAAAUAUUGCAAGGUGGAGGAAAAAGGAAGGUGAUAAGAUUGAGGUCGGUGAUAUCAUAUGCGAGAUAGAGACUGACAAAGCUACCCUUGAAUUUGAAUGUCUUGAAGAAGGAUACUUGGCAAAAAUACUGGCACCUGAAGGUUCAAAAGAUAUUGCAGUUGGACAACCCAUUGCAAUAACAGUUGAGGAUCCAGCUGAUGUUGAAUUGGUAAAAUCAUUUGUUAGUGGUAAUUUGGCAGCCAAGGAGGCAAAGCCAGCUCAGCAUGCCACCCAUGAUAAAGAAGUGAAAGCGCAAAAGUCCGGCUUUUCUAGAAUAAGUCCAUCUGCAAAGUUACUAAUUGCACAACAUAAGUUGGAUGCCUCAUCAAUAAUGGCAUCUGGUGCACAUGGUACUCUCUUGAAAUCUGAUGUUUUAACGGCAUUAAAGUCUGGCACAGGUGCAGCCAAAAGCUCGUCAACUGAACUUAAAAAAUCCUCAUCAAGUCAGCCAGAGACACAUACUUCUUUAUCUAUAUCAACAGAGAUCCAGAAGCUGGAUUCUUAUGUGGAUGUGCCAAAUACCCAAAUCCGAAAGGUGAUUGCAAAAAGGUUGCUUGAAUCAAAACAAAACACGCCUCAUUUAUACUUAACCGCAGAUGUGAUCCUGGAUCCUCUUCUAUCUUUCAGAAAGGAGCUUAAAGAUAAAUUUGGUGUCAAAGUUUCAGUGAAUGACAUCGUAAUAAAAACUGUGGCAAUGGCAUUGAGUAAUGUUCCAAAAGCCAAUGCUUUCUGGGAUGACAAGAAAGGAGAAAUUGUAUUGUGUGACUCUGUUGAUAUAUCAAUUGCAGUUGCUACUGAGAAGGGACUGAUGACUCCAAUCGUGAGAAAUGCUGAUCAUAAAUCUAUAUCAGCUAUUUCCAUCGAGAUCAAGGAACUCGCUGAGAAAGCACGAGCAGGGAAACUUACACCAAAUGAAUUUCAAGGUGGCACUUUCAGUAUAUCGAAUUUGGGUAUGUUUCCGGUUGACCAAUUUUGUGCAAUAAUAAAUCCACCGCAGUCUGGCAUUCUUGCUGUUGGUAGGGGCAACCAGGUGGUUGAGCCAGUGUUCGACAAUGAUGGAGUUGAGAAGCCAGGUGUAGUUACAAAAAUGAACGUAACAUUAUCUGCUGAUCAUCGUAUAUUUGAUGGAGAAGUAGCAGCUGCUUUCCUGGGAUCCUUGAAAUCAAACUUUAGUGACAUACGGAGACUACUAAUAUAGUCAGGAGCAGGAAACGCCUUACAAGAAAAAUUCAUAGAUGUGAUUUUUUUGAUAAAUGCACCUAAAAAUUUCAAGCUGCAGAAAGUAUUUGUCUUGGCAAUCAAGCUUUAUUUGCGAUGUGUACAAUUUUUAGAGUUUUCUAAUUAUUUUGGCCUAUUUGUUUACGAGGCGAGCCAGUCUGCCGUGCAAAUUACCGUUAAUAAUGAGGCAUGAUUGCUCUUGAGAUUUUUGACCAUUUUCAAGAGGCAGGCAUGUGUCUUGCAUCUUUGUAAAAAGAAACGAUGUAGAGAAAAGCAGCUUUGUUCUUAUAAUAAAUUUUGCUUAUUUGGUUCACAAAAA